CCAGGGUGGUUGGUGGUAAGGAUUCAGGCUCCGUCCAACCGAGGCCUUGGCCUGAGGCUCCUGGGCCCCAGCCCCUCCCUCUUAGCUCUGCCAGCGUCCCCCCCAGCCCCGAGCUGGACCGCACACCUUGGGACACGGUUUUUCACUUCCUAAGGACAAGCCCCAGACUGGAAGAGAGGUCCGAGGAGGUGGGCGUUGGACUCUUCUCGAGGACCCCGGCGUCAGGCCCCGGGGAGGCGGCCGAGGCGGAGGCGGCCGGGGGCGACAUGGCGGAAGAGCAGGACCUGUCCGAUGUGGAGCUGAGCCCCGUAGGCUCCGAGGAACCCCGCUGCCUGUCCCCAGGGAGCGCGCCCUCGCUGGGGCCCGACGGCGGCGGCGGAGGCUCGGGCCUGCGGGCCAGCCCGGGGCCUGGCGAGCUGGGCAAGGUCAAGAAGGAGCAACAGGACGGAGAGACAGACGAUGACAAGUUUCCCGUGUGCAUCCGCGAGGCCGUCAGCCAGGUACUCAGCGGCUACGACUGGACGCUGGUGCCCAUGCCCGUGCGCGUCAACGGCGCCAGCAAGAGCAAGCCGCACGUCAAGCGGCCCAUGAACGCCUUCAUGGUGUGGGCGCAGGCGGCGCGCAGGAAGCUGGCCGACCAGUACCCGCACCUUCAUAACGCCGAGCUCAGCAAGACCCUGGGCAAGCUCUGGAGGCUGCUGAAUGAGAGUGACAAGCGCCCCUUCAUCGAGGAAGCCGAGAGACUCCGCAUGCAACACAAGAAGGACCAUCCGGACUACAAGUAUCAGCCCCGGCGACGGAAGAACGGGAAGGCGGCCCAGGGGGAGGCUGAGUGUCCAGGUGGGGAGGUGGAGCAGGGCGGGGCGGCUGCCAUCCAGGCCCACUACAAGAGCGCCCACCUGGACCACCGGCACCCAGGAGAGGGCUCCCCGAUGUCAGACGGGAACCCUGAGCACCCCUCAGGCCAGAGCCACGGGCCACCUACCCCUCCAACCACCCCAAAGACAGAGCUACAGUCGGGCAAGGCAGACCCCAAGCGGGAUGGGCGCUCCUUGGGGGAGGGCGGGAAGCCCCACAUCGACUUUGGCAACGUGGACAUCGGUGAGAUCAGUCACGAGGUAAUGUCCAACAUGGAGACCUUUGAUGUGGCUGAAUUGGACCAGUAUCUGCCGCCCAAUGGGCACCCGGGCCACGUGGGCAGCUAUUCGGCAGCUGGCUAUGGGCUGGGCAGCGCCCUGGCUGUGGCCAGUGGACACUCUGCCUGGAUCUCCAAGCCACCAGGUGUGGCUCUGCCCACGGUCUCGCCACCUGGUGUGGAUGCCAAAGCCCAGGUGAAGACGGAGACCGCAGGGCCCCAGGGGCCCCCCCACUACACUGAGCAGCCCUCCACCUCCCAGAUUGCUUACACCUCCCUCAGCCUGCCCCACUACGGCUCCGCCUUCCCCUCCAUCUCCCGCCCCCAGUUCGACUACCCUGACCAUCAGCCCUCAGGACCCUACUAUGGGCACUCGAGCCAGGCCUCCGGCCUCUACUCGGCCUUCUCCUACAUGGGGCCCUCACAGCGGCCCCUCUACACAGCCAUCUCUGAUCCCAGCCCCUCAGGGCCUCAGUCCCACAGCCCUACACACUGGGAGCAGCCUGUAUACACGACCCUGUCCCGGCCCUAAAGGGGACCCUGUCACCACCACCCUCAGCCGGGCUCCUCCUGGGUAUUGCACCCCUUCCCCAAUUUUUGUUCCCUAUUUCUUGUCCAUCUCGGACCUGGAGGUGGCUGACGACCGAGGGAAAAAAUUCUGUUAGGCAGCCCGCCCUCGAUGACGCCACUGAACCCCAUGCAGACCCCGGCCUGGGGAAAGCCAUGGGCUGCUAGGCUGGACUGAGGAGAAGGAGGAUGGUUGGCACCCCCAGACUGAAAGACAAGGGGCUGCACCUUCCCCCAGGAAUGACCCUCAACCCCAGGACCUGAGAAGGACCCGUUUUCAC